AACGGGGACGUUUCUAUGAAACCGUCUGCAACCAAAAGGACCAUAAAGGUUGUGAAGAUGCAGGGUAUCUUUGCUAGUUGUGCACUCGUUGCCCUGCUGCUGGCUGCAGUCUGUGCCGCCCCCCACCACGAACAUAUGCACGACCACGACCACAACCACGAUCAUGUCCACGACCACCAGCACGACCCCCACCACCACCAUGCCGGCCACGAGGGGGAGAUGAGCUGUGCCAAGCUGUCCUCUCCCAACGCCGACUUCGCCUUCGCCCUCUACAAAAGCCUGAGUGCCAAAGCCGCUGCCGGAACGAACAUCUUCUUCUCCCCGCUGGGCAUCUCCUCCGCCCUGUCCAUGCUGUCCACCGGGGCCAAGGGAGCAACCCACCAACAGAUGUUCUCCGUGCUGGGCUACGGCGCCUUGCAGCAGGCUCAGGUCAACGAGGCGUACGAGCAUCUGUUCCACAUGACGGAGGGCAGCCACAACCUGCAUGUGGGCAACGCCGUGGCCCUGCGCUCCAGCUUCACUCCCCUGGAGACCUUCCUGAAGGACGCCACGCACUUCUACUCCGCUCACGCCUUCGACGUCAACUUUGCCAAACCCGCCGAGGCCGUAGCCGAGAUCAACUCAUACAUCGCCAAUAAGACCCAUGACAAGAUCACAGACAUGGUGAAGGACCUCGACCCUGAGAUGGCCAUGCUGCUGAUCAACUACGUCUACUUCAGUGGAGAGUGGGUGAAACACUUCAACGUCAACCACACAAAGAAGGCCGACUUUCACGUGGACGAGACCACGACGGUCCAGGUGGACAUGAUGAAGAGGACCGGCCGCUACGACUUCUACCAUGACGACGACAACCACACCACCGUCAUCCUGCUGCCCUACAGGGGGGGCAACACCUCCAUGAUGAUCGUCCUGCCCGACGAAGGCAAGAUGGAGGAGGUGGAGGCCAGCAUCAACCAGAACCACAUCAGGCACUGGCAUGAACAGCUCUUCAAGAGUUCUGUGGAUCUGUACCUGCCAAAGUUCUCCAUCUCCGCCGAAGCCUCCCUGGAGAGCACGCUGACCGCGAUGGGCAUGGUCGACGCGUUCUCAGACAACGCCGAUUUCUCGAGCCUGACCGACAAGGAGAAGCUCAAACUCUCAAAGGUGUCCCACAAGGCCUUGCUGAGUGUGGAUGAGACAGGAACAGUGGCGGCGGGGGUCACCACCAUUGAGAUCAUGCCCAUGAGCAUGCCUGAGGCCAUGAAACUGGACAGACCCUUCAUGGUCUUCAUCCUGGAGCACUCGACCAAGAGCAUGCUCUUCAUGGGCAAGAUCAACAACCCCACAGCAAUGUGAAGACGCUCGGGCCACGAGGGUUACCUUAGUAAUGUUAUCACACUGUAAUAUACAUAAAGCUCACUUUGACAUCUGAAAGCUGUUUGAAGAUUUCUCAGUGGUAUAAAGAGUUAGUUUGUCCAAGCUUGAUGAAGAGGACAACAGCUCUAGAAUCAUUUGUUACUGCUGGACUUGGCAAGGGGUAUACAUGUCUAAAUACAUCAUUAUGUAUUGUAUCCAGCUGACUGUGUCACUGAGAUUAAAAAACAAUAUAAGUAGGUAUACUGCUUAUUGAGCCGACAUGUUAUUGUGCUACGUGGUGAGCUGAAGGGAAAUAAAGUCUUGUCAUGAACAA